GGUUUCCGUUCUUUAUAAGAGUAGCGCUAGGAACUGUUCGCCAUUUCCUUUCUCUCUAUCUUCUCUCUCUCUCUCUAAACCGUCUUCCACCUUUGUAUUGGACAAAAGGAAAACCGUUUCAGUUUGCAGAUUGCGCUGAUCCCUUUCUCUUUCUCUCUCUCUCUCUCUCUCCCUUGGAUUUCUUUGUGGCUUGGUUUGUCGUGUGUGCCUGUUUUUAUGUGAGCUUCCAACAUGAUUCCAGCCUAUCGCCACUCUUCUGUGAUUCCUUUGGAUCUUAAUGAAGAUCAAAACCAUGAGCUCUUCAUUCCCACUCAUCAUGCUUACCCUUCUUUUUCUUAUCUAUCUUCACCAUAUCCCGUCCUCUUCAACCCUCCAGAUCAAGAAGAUGGAUCACACUCCUGGGAACCAACAAAACACUUAUCAGGUCAUGAAGAGGCUGAGAAGAUUAACCCUACCAUGGGAUCAUGGGAUCACUCGGUGGCACAAAGUGAGCUCAAGGUGACAGUAUGCAAGCAGAAAGAGAGGAGUGAAGAUCACGUAGCAGCUGCUGAGGAUGGUUCGGUGAAGUUGAUGCCUUCAAAGAUGAGAAUGAUGCAGAAGAUGAUGGGGCCCGAUCAAACUGGUGCAUAUAUAGAAGACAGCACUGUGCAUAAGUUUGAAGAUGAGAAGCAACCAUUAUCACCGCUUGGAACUGAUAACAGCAGCAGCAACAACUGUUCAAACCACAGUAACAACACUGUUAGGGUUUGUGCUGAUUGCCAUACCACUAAGACCCCUCUUUGGAGGAGUGGACCAAGAGGCCCCAAGUCACUAUGCAACGCCUGUGGAAUUCGACAGAGGAAGGCGAGACGAGCCAUGGCAGCUGCAGCAUCGGGAAAUGGAACAGUGAUUUUGAAAACUGAGAAGUCUGUGAAGGGAAACAAGUUGCAGAAGAAAGAGAAGAAGGUAAGAACUCAGGUUGCACCACAGAUGAAAAAGAAGCGCAAGCAUGGAGUUGGAGCAAAGCCAUCUCAAAGCAGAAACAAGUUUGGGUUUGAGGAUUUGACAUUACGCCUAAGAAAGAGCUUGGCUAUGCAUCAAGUUUUCCCUCAGGACGAGAAGGAGGCUGCGAUCCUUCUCAUGGCUUUAUCUUAUGGCCUUGUUCAGGGAUGAAUUUCAACGGUUAAUUUUCAUGGCUUCAUUUCAGAACGUUAAUUAGGUUUCUUGUAGCUGUUUAUGACUGGCUAGUUUUUUAUUAUUGUGUGAGAUCAAUGGUCUGAGUUAUAUGUGCGAGAAGGGGAUGUAAUGUAAUGCAGUAAGUUAGUUAGGAAAUGGGAGGGAUAAUAAAGUUACAUGGUUGUGGGCGAUCUUAUGUACUUUGUCAUAUAAUGUUUGGUUUGAGCAAGUUGACGACCAAAAAGUGUGGGUCUCUUCUUGAUGUAUGUCUCAUUUUAUCUCAAAAAAUUGAAUAAAAUUUACAAGGGUUUUUAUA